AUGUAUUUCAAAUUUUGGGUAAUUACUGUAGUUAUUGCAAUUAUAUUUCAUGGAAUAUUUUGUUCGAAAAUAUGUUCCUGUUCAAAAAAAAAUCAAAAAAACGAUAACGAAAAGAAGACAAAUGGUAAAAGUGAGGGGCAUGGUCAAAACGAAAGUUAUAAUGAAUUACAAUCAAAAGUCUGUCCACCUCCAUCUCAUUGUCCGACAGUAAAAUGUCCAAAAGAAAAAUACUCGAAAUUAACUCCAUAUCAUACAUUAAAAACAUUACGCCUAUUCAGAAAGCCGUGUCCACCAUCAAAUUGUUCAGUACUUAAAUGUCCACGGCUAUCACCACCAUGUCGUCGAAAGGUUUGUCCAACAUUAUAG